ACCCUCACUCACUGACAUACAGAGGCACACAGAGUGAAUGGAUGAGUGCAAGAGCAGGAAGCACAGAAAGAGGGAAAGAGAGCGAGAGAGAGAGAGAGAGAGAGAGAGAGAGAGCGUGCAAGUGAGACGAUCCAGCUCUCACACUUUCAGCUCAUACUGAGAAUAGAUGAACUGCAGAUCCUCUGCUCUCCAGCUUCACGUGGAAGUGUUGCAUUCCCUGAUUUCCUUGUUCCCUCUGCCCCGGGACCUCUUUAUUAAUCGGGAUAUUUUAGCAUGACAUGUUACCCUGUUUUCUUGGGAGAAUCCUUACUUUUUUUUGGAGUGUUGUUCGUGCACGUUUUCCUUUCGUCCGAGACUCUUGGUGCGCUCCUUGGGGAUUGAUUAAGUACUGAGGACCGAAGGAGGAGGAUCGCCCGCCUGCCUGCCUGCCUGCCUGCCUGCCUGCAUGCGCGUGGGACCCUUACGAAAAAAAUAAAUCUAAAGCUGAUCAAGUGGCCUGACUGAAGAACGAGCAAGAAAAGAAAUUAAAAGUACUUUUUGGUCUUGUACAAUGGAUCUCCCUCCAUUUAGAGGUUUAUCCGAUGUGCCGUGAUUGGUGCGAGCCUCGUAUCCAAGUCUCUUCCCUAGUGGCACUGGUGGCAGUAUGGAUUCAACACCUCCUCUAAGGAUGGACCGUGAUGGCUUGGACCCACAGCAGAUCUCUGUGCUGUCCAUAGAUCAGAUCCGUGCGAUAAGGGCCAACAAUGACUAUGUGGAGCGUCCUGUGGCGCUAGACCCUGCUUCGCAGGUGGGUGUCUUCUAUACACACGAUGAAAGACAUCCUCAGAUGCCUCGCAGCCAGAGUCAGCACCAACAUGCCCACCUGGCUCACCUGAGUCGCUCUAGUACAAUCAGCUCCAUGUCUCGUGGCAGUGCCGCUUCGGACCAAAGACUUCUUUCAGGAUUAACAAGUUCCCAUUCCGGAUUGGCCUCGGUGGUGCGUUCUCAACCCAAGGGCGACCUGAAACCAGACUCGCUAAGUAAAGGCUUGGCUGACGGAGAGGAUUUAGGCUUACAUCUGUUCAUCUGUGAACGCUGUAGCCGCUGCAAGUGCCAGGAGUGUUGUGCUCCUCGAAGCUUGCCCUCUUGCUGGGCCUGUGGCAAGCGAUGUCUGUGCUCAGCCGAGAGCGCAGUGGAGUACGGCACCUGCCUGUGCUGUGUGAAGGGUCUCUUCUACCACUGUUCGGCAGACGAUGAGGACAACUGCGCCGACCGACCCUGCUCCUGUGCUCCGGCUCACGCCUGCUCCCGCUGGAGCGCCAUGGCUGUUCUGUCUCUCUGCCUGCCCUGCUUGUGCUGCUAUCCUCCUGCCAAGCUUUGCCUCACUAUGUGCCAGCGUGGCUACGACCGGGCCACACGACCCGGCUGCCGCUGCAACAACACCAACACAGUGUGCCGCAAGAUCUCCGCUACUAACCCUGCACCUUUCCGCAAGUCUCUGGACAAACCGGUAUGACACGGAGACGGCGCUCCUCCUGUGAUCCCGUCACUGCAUUCCCCCUUUCGCGUUCCCGAGGAUACCAUGAAACACUGAACUUACUGACCUGCACCCGACCGAUCAGGCCUAGCUACAUUACGUGCAAGAAUGGAAGCUUGUUGAUUUAAAAAAAAAAAAAAAGAAGAAAAAAAAAAGGUGUUUGUCUAUUUAUUUAUUUAUUUGACUUUCCUGGCUAAGACAGGUAAUCCUGUCCAUAUGUAACCUUUUACAGGGAGUAAGCUAUCAGAACAAAAUGAAUCUGGUGCCGCGUUGGGUAAAUUGCAUCUUCCAGGCACAGUGCCAGGAAAUCAUCUUCAGCCAUACUGCGCGGACAGUCUGUGUGCGAGACGGCUGACUUUUGAUCCGAGGGGGACGUAGAGCCCGAGCCAAAAAAAAAACCAUUCAGAACAAACUGUGUUGGGACACCAAAAUAAAUAAAUAAAUAAAUAAAAGGGACCAGAUGAAGCUCAUUCAGGAACGGCUUGUGAGGGGUGGUUACAGGAAGAGACAUCAGGCACGUGUGGAUAUGAACGGAUGGGUGCACCUGAGAGAGCGAGAAAACGAAUGCGUGUGUUCGUGUGUGUGCGAGUGCAUGCGGAUGCGUCUCAAAGACAUGUAAGGUGUAUGUGCAUGCGUGCGCAGUCUCAGGCCUCUGUCUGCUCUCCGCAGAAGCAUUCCUUUUUUUUUUAUUUUUAGAGAAGCUGCUCUGAAAGACAAAGUGUCUGGUCAGGUUUCCAGCGCAGGGCAGCCUGACGCCAGCCUCUCCCAAGCGCUCUCACGUCCUCGCCAUUCCACCCCCCCCCCCCCCUCUACCACCACUACCACCCCACCCUCUCGUCUGCCGCUCUCUCUCAUUCCUGUAGUGGGAAUUCUUGUCCUGUGCUAUCUCCAGCUGUGCUAUGGGACCAAAUGCAAUCCAGUCAUCAUACAUUCCCAAAAAAACAACAACAAACACACACAAAAAAAAAAAAACUCUUGUCCACCAUGGACUCCUGUCUAACUUCUUUCAAGAUAACAUGUUACACCAUUACUCAAAGAACUCUCGAGCGGAAAUUGUGUUGAAAAUAUGUCGGACCACAUGAGGCCAUAACGCAACGAAGGAGCUUCGGAUCACUGCGUCGUUUAAGAUCAUACUCAUCCACGAACAGCAAAGAAAGCUAGCCGGGAAUAUGCUAUUCAUACUACGGCCAUACAUUUCUAAGCACUUUGGACUUCACUUCAGAUCGAUUCUUUAGCCUCUAAUCACGUCCAUGAUUGACAGGAAGUGAGAGCGUGGAAGAGCCUUUUGCGUCCUCACACAGGAAGAGGGGACUCCUUUUGAGACGAGGCUCGAAGUCGAUUGCCUUACCAGAACGAAACAGAGCACCAUACUUGGGAACAAGGUGAAACAGAUGCACUGAUCUCCAAAAUUGGGAUGAGAAAUGAAAUCAAGAAAUCUGUUUCGUGCGUGCGUGCGUGCGUGGGUGUGUGUGUGUGUGUGUGUGUGUGUGUGUGUGUGUGUGUUUUCCCCCCGUAUAUGCACACUGCUCCUUGUUGUUAGAGUUCCUUUGCUAUAUUUUUCUAUCUAUGUAGGAUUGUUAUUGUAUUUCUAUUUUUAUUCUAUUUGGUUUAAUCUGGGUAUUAUUGUUAACCGUUAUUUUCUAUUACCUUCGGGAAAUUUAACUUCAAAUCACAGGCCUGUCUAACACUUCGAAAUGAACUUUAAAGUGGGCUAUAUAUUAUGGAGGAGAGGUCUUUUGUGGUUCCGCAUAAAAUCCUUCUUCUUUUACGUUACAGUCGCACGAUAACGAUCUGUCCUAUAAUAAUUACUGUGUAAUUGGGUCGUAUUUUUUCACCGUCACAAAAAUUGGAAACACUUGCGAGUACAUUCGCUCCUUCGUGUAAAAGGCCGGUAAACGUGGAAUUACCGUUUAGUGAUCAUUACGCUGUAAUUAUACCCGUAGCCAUCGAUAACAGCGUAAUGUAACGGGGUUUCUUUCGGGAUCGUGCUUAUUUUCAAGGGGUGAAGACUCAAAAGAACAUAAGGUCCAAUUCCAGUGUUCAGGUGUAAAAAUAUUAAGGUCUGUGAACGCGGUUUUCAGUCAACUAUGUCAUUCUGCAUGUCUAACAGUGAUCAAGCCAGGUCUUCAAGAUCCUCAAGAUCCUCAAAACCUUGGCUUACUACUACUCGUCAAAACCACAAAGACCCGAAACGUCUUUUCGCAACGUUUAACCCUGAUGAAACCUCUCCUCCAUGGUGAAAUCCUAAGAGACAGUCUCUCCAAGGAGGGGUCAUAUUAUAGGGAUGGGCGCAGUGUAUAGGUACAAGCAUUUUACCGGAACUGGUGCUGAACACAGUCUUUAAGUUAACCACUAAAAGUUCCCCAUAUUGUAUUUGUAAGCAUUGCUUUGGUACAGUUGGCAUCUUGUAAGUUGUAAAAGAAUUAAAGGAGAGAGAGAGAGAGAGAGAGAGAGAGAGAGAGAGAGAGAAAGAAAUCUAUAUAAAUGAAUAUAUUAUAUAUAUAAAUAUAUCUAUAUACAUUUUACACAUUUUUUUUUUUUCUGUUGCCGACAUAUUAUCGAUGAGUCACAGAUAUUUAUUUAAAUGAUUGUUGAGGAAAGAUAAGUAUUUAUUUAUGGUGAAUGAUGAAAAUAAAUGACCCUUGUAAUGAUUUAAAUUUUUUUUUUUUUUUUUUUUUUUUUUUUUGGUUGGAGUGGCGUGGCGGGUGUGGCCGUAAGGCCGAGGAUAAUAAAUAAAAGGAGUUUUCAAAAGCA